UAAAUAGCGGAUGUACUUGAAGGACUCAGUGACAAUGGAUUUCAAGUACGGUGUCUUCGUGUUGCUUGCCCUCUGCGCUUUGGCCUUCGAGGCACAGGCAGAGGAAUGUGUGGCUCAUAGCGUGGUAAAUAUGACCUUGACUGCCCACCACCUUCUUACCUGGGCCGUCAGGGAAGAUGAAAUAUGCGAUGUCAACCAGUUCUUGGUGUACAUCUACGAGUGGAACCGUCCCAUCGAGUACAGCUUCGAAGUGGAUGAACCCUGGGUGGAUGUCUCCUUCUUGGAAGUAUGCCGAGAGUGGACUUUUGUAGUGGUACCCGUAUCAGAUCAUACCAAAGGACACGAGCAUCGCCUGUUUGGUAGCAUGCCUCUCCCUAUAGGUGCGGAUCUUACCAUCGACUACAUCAACGUCACACGCAACGGAGUGACUGGUGACCUUCAUCUCAGCUGGGACCUAGCUGAUCGUCGCUACGGAAGCUGUUCCCUUAGGUACAGACUGACCAUAGAAGAAGACGGGGAUGAAGUAAUCCACGACCUCUACUUGAGCGAGAGGUCCGUCAAUCUGCAUUUCUUGUCACCUUGCACCUCUUACCAGUUCGGUGUCAGGGCCAUCAACAUAGCCCAUCCCACCAUAGAAGGACCUUUAAAGAUGCAAUUCAGUAGUAUUCCUCCAGUUGAGCAAACUUCUCCUCGUUUGGACAGUCUCAACUUAGGCGUCUUUUCAUUUAAUAUGACUUGGGAAUUACAAAGCAUGGUGAGGAAUAGAUGUAAGGUCACCGAGCUCCUCAUUGAUGGUGGAAACUUCUUCAGCAAGACCGUAUACAUAGAGGACACUGAUGAAAGACUACCUAUUGAAGUUGAAAUCGAUCAUUUGAGACAAAAUAGUAUGUACUAUCUGCGCGCCUAUGUCCUAAACAGCGGAGGAUGGUCUGUGCCAACAGUGGUUGCCGUCCAUACCUUGGACUAUGGACCGGAUAACAAGGUGUGAUGCGUAGAUGUGUUUUGAAGGCAUUCCUUAUACCUGUAUUGUUAAACACGACUUUACUGUAUUGUAUAAAAAUAUUACUUGUUUUCAAACUGAAUAAUUAAAUUAUUCAACCUACUUUUGUCAAUGUAUACACAAUGUGUUAAUAAAAGGUAAGUGGGUGAGUUAUCCAUAACAAAAUAAUUUCUUAUAAACUUGAUUCUAGAUAUAAGAUGUUUAAUUAGAAACAAAACACAGACAAA